GUUCAUCAUCCACUUCUCCGCCGCCUUCUUCUCCCCUUCAUAUCCCCACCUCACAGCCACAUCCUCGCCGCUCAACUGCUCACUCAUCGCACUCAACCUCAAGGAAGAAAUGGCGUCUUCCACCCAGGGUCAGGUCAUCACCUGCAAAGCGGCGGUGGCGUAUGAGCCGAACAAGCCUCUCGUGAUCGAGGACGUGCAGGUGGCGCCGCCGCAGGCCGGCGAGGUCCGCGUCAAGAUCCUCUUCACCGCACUCUGCCACACCGACCACUACACCUGGAGCGGCAAGGAUCCUGAGGGUCUCUUUCCUUGCAUUCUUGGUCACGAAGCUGCUGGAAUUGUUGAAAGUGUCGGCGAAGGAGUAACUGAAGUGCAGCCUGGGGAUCAUGUCAUUCCUUGUUACCAAGCAGAAUGCAGAGAAUGCAAGUUUUGCAAGAGCGGAAAGACCAACCUCUGCAGUAAAGUUCGUACUGCCACAGGGGCAGGCGUUAUGAUGAAUGACCGCCAGAGCCGGUUCUCAAUAGAUGGGAAAUCCAUUUACCAUUUCAUGGGGACAUCAACAUUCAGCCAGUACACUGUAGUGCAUGAUGUCAGUGUUGCAAAGAUCAACCAACAGGCACCUCUAGAAAAAGUCUGCCUGCUCGGCUGUGGUGUUUCUACCGGCCUUGGAGCAGUGUGGAAUACUGCAAAGGUCGAAGCAGGCUCCAUUGUUGCUAUUUUUGGCCUUGGCACAGUUGGACUUGCUGUUGCUGAGGGCGCAAAAUCAGCUGGUGCUUCUCGGAUUAUUGGCAUUGACAUUGAUAGUAAAAAGUUUGAUGUUGCAAAGAACUUUGGAGUUACAGAAUUUGUGAAUCCAAAAGACCAUGACAAACCAAUCCAACAGGUCAUAAUUGAUCUUACAGAUGGUGGCGUGGACUACAGUUUUGAAUGCAUUGGAAAUGUUUCUGUUAUGAGGGCUGCACUGGAAUGCUGCCACAAGGGCUGGGGAACCUCUGUCAUUGUUGGUGUUGCCGCAUCUGGCCAGGAGAUCGCCACACGGCCAUUCCAGCUUGUCACUGGCCGUGUCUGGAAGGGAACAGCUUUCGGGGGCUUCAAGAGCCGAUCCCAGGUUCCAUGGCUUGUUGAGAAGUACAUGAACAAGGAAAUCAAAGUGGACGAGUACAUUACCCACAGCAUGAACCUCACUGACAUCAACAAGGCAUUCGACCUGCUGCAUGAAGGUGGCUGCCUGCGCUGUGUGCUGGCAAUUGAUUGAAGUUUCUUUUUCAUGUGCUUCUAAGCCAAGCAGUUCCCGUCUUGUCAAGUUAUUAUCCGUAUCUAACUGUCUCUGGAUGAAGAACUCUUUUGCCCCGUUUGGCCUGGAAACACUCUGAAUGUAAACCUGCUGUUAUAAUAGUAUGUUCUGAUGGAUGGCUGGUGUGUUAAUUACUGCUGGAGUUCUAGUACGUGGUACACGUUUGACUUAUAUCUCCAUUGCAUUGCAAAA